GUCAACUGUCAAAGUCAAAAUCGCGUGUUCGAUAGCGUCGCUUGCCGUGCUUCCCUGCGAAAUUUUUGUUGUAAAUUCAAUAUUUCGUUUAAAAACGAAAUAUUAAAUAGUUUCCAAGACCCAAAUUAGUGUCCUCAGUGAAGCGAGUAACUCGCCGAGAGGUUGUACUUUGUCAACACUCGGUUAAAUAUCCACAUACAACAUGAGUGAGGAAGCCGCCGUGAACCCCAAGGCGUACCCGCUGGCGGACGCGCCGCUGACCGCCAAGAUCCUGAACCUGGUGCAGCAGGCUGCCAACUACAAGCAGCUGCGGAAGGGAGCCAACGAGGCCACCAAGACCUUGAACCGAGGCCUCUCCGAGUUCGUUGUGAUGUCGGCCGACGCUGAGCCGCUGGAGAUCGUGCUGCACAUCCCACUGCUCUGUGAGGACAAGAACGUGCCCUAUGUGUUUGUCCGGUCCAAGCAGGCGCUCGGCCGCGCCUGCGGGGUCUCCCGCCCCAUCAUCGCUUGCUCCAUCACCAUCAACGAGGGCUCCCAGCUGAAGCCCCAGAUCCAGGGAGUGCAGCAAGAAAUCGAAAGACUAUUAGUUUAAGUUUGUGAUGAGGUGCUUGAUUUUACAAGCAUUGUAUUUUUCUAAUUAUAAGUGAUAAAAGUAU